CGCUUUGAUUCACGCGCUGCACCGUCCGUCUCGAGCGCUCCUUCCAAGAGCAGCAGCAUCUCACACCACGCACGCAUCUCACUUCAUGCGCAACGCUCCUGCCGUGCAACGAGCGCCCACCGCAUGGCACCAUCGCCUCCCCCCGCGCAGCCCUUUGUUGCCCACGCCGUCGACGCCGCCCUCGCCGAGUUCCGAGCUGGCGACGCCACCGCCUUUCCCAGCUUCCUCGCCCUGUGCGAGAGCGCGCGCGACGCCACACACACAUUCGACGCGCUCGCCGCGCCAGACCAGGAGCGUGUCGAGAGAUUCUGGCUCGAGGCUGCCUGGUUCGGAGUCUACGCCGGUUCCAGCACCGACGCGCUGAGUGUGCAGGCCUUUGAACAGCUCGCCGACCUGCCGCUCGCGUCGCUGCCCAUCCUCUUCACCAACCGCUGGAGGUUCGUGCUCCGCAUUGCCGAACACUGGGGGCCUCAAUUCUGGUGGACACUUGAGCGGGCCAAGAUCCCGUUGCUGGAGCGCGAGGCUGCCACGGCGCUCGCUACAGGUCUGCGUCCGCCCAUCGCCUUCAACCACAUCGACAUACUGCGCCUGCCCGUGGUCCCGUCCAGAAUCUUCCUGGAGCGACUGGCCAGAAUUGCCUCCAGCCCGUCGACCCUCCGGCCAUUCCUGAGCCGUUGGCCCACCUUCUUCGCUGACUUCCUGUCCACGGUCGUGCGCAAAGCUCACCGGCUCCGGCAGAUUGCUGCGGGAGAAUACGAGAUCGGAUCUGGUGAGCUCGCUGGCUAUCUCGACAAGCACGAGUUUGAAGCCCCCGCACAAAGCCUGCACCUUCCCCCUCUUCCCGUCGUCCUCUUCAGAGCGCGCGACAGAAGCGUCCGGCCUGAGACCGAGGUCGCACGGCGUCAUUCACUAAAUUCUAUCAGCUCGCCGACCAGCCCCGCCCCAGACCACGACACCACCCUGCCCGACUCGCCUUUGACGCCGCGCUGCACCAACGACGUGGUCGAGUACGACGAGGAUAUCACCAUAUCAGACUUCGGAGACUCGACCAUUCACGAUACUACCGGUACUGGGGUCGCUGAGCCUGACGAAGAGCAGUUGGACCUUGCCGACGACAUGGCCCACCACUCUGCCCCAACAACUCGCCACAACACGCCCGUCCUUGACAUGGACGCCCGCCGACACCACUCCCAGCCACCCGCUAUGCCCGAACCCGCGCCCUCGCUGCUCGAGACAGCCGAGAUUCUCAAGAGCGUCCUGUCGUACGGCCCGCCCACCACGGAGAUGCACGGCAUCGCCGACCCCGUCAUGAACCGGCUCGUUUCGCUGUUCCCCGAGAUCAUCGCCCUGCACCACGCCCGACAAAGGAAGAGCGAUGCGCGAAUUCAUUGUCUUGCCGUACAAGAGAAGAUCGCGCAGGCAGAGAAGGAGGUUUCCGCUGCGGAGCCCGAGCACGGCGCGCUUGAAGGACGGCUCGCGGAGGCCCAAGCCAAGAUUGCAACCACGCUUGCUGCCCAGGAGACGCUCAAGCAGCCCGUCAACGAGACACUGCCGGAAUCUCUGAAGACCAUGCUGCGCGCACAGCAGGAUGCAUCGAUCGCCGCAUUCGCCUCCACCCUCACCCAGCUCCAAUUCGAACAAGAAGCCCAAGUCACCCAAGUCGCACUCAGCGCGCAGUCCCUCGCACACGCCAAACACGCCCUGUACGCCCUGCGCGACGAGGCCGCUGCCCUCGAUGCAGCGCAAACCAAGGCGCUGGACCGGUGCCAGAAGCUAGACGCCCAGGUUCGGAAGGAGAUGGCGCUGCUGGUGGCUAAGUUGGAACGCAUCGUCGACUGCACGGAGGAGUUUAUUCCCCGGAAUGCAGGCGAGGAGGGUGCCGGGAAGAGCAAGAAGGCGAGGGUUACGGGCGCGAACAAGGGAGUUGCGAGACAGUCGGGAGGUGGGCCUUUGUAAGGACGGAGGGGAGGGGGAAGAUGGGUGAUGAGAUGGUGUAGAUACCCCAAUGCGAUGCUUUCCUCGUGCAUCGCGUCCAGGCUG